GGAUGGUUGGGAGGAUUUAGCCCGGCAGCGUCUUUUCCCGUCCAACACAACAAGCUUAUUACCUUUCUCCCCACGCGCUUGGAAACGGAUUUACGCGCACGAAAGGAGGAGUUUGGAGGACUAGUAGGAUGCUGAAUAUCAUUCCUCCUCGCAACUGUUCUCCACCCUGCUCUCCAUGACCUGAGAGCACCACCACAGCGGGAGGAAAGAAACACCAGAGAGAGAGAGAGAGAGGAAGAGGAGGGCAGAAGGCCAGGGAAGGAAGGAAGGAAGGAAGGAAGGAACACACUUUUUCGUUGCUGUUGUUUGUUUUCCGUUUCCGAAAUGGCGGCAACGGAGGCCAAUGCGGCGCCGGUGGUCCAGGAAGAUGGGAAAACCCCCGAGAGCAAGCCGACAGAGGCUGAGCAACCGGCUAAAAAUGCCAACGCAAACUCAGAGACUGUCAACAGCGAGAUUGUCGAUAAAGAUGGCACCGCUGUCAACAGCGAGGUUGUCGAUAACAAAGAGACUGUGAAUAACGACACAGCGGCGGCGGCAGGAGCCGAGGAGGGAGAAGCAGCAGGGAGCGGAGAGGCGGCGCCUCCUCAGAGCUCGGAAAACGCCUCCUCCACUGAGCCCAAGACCUCGUUCCUGGACUCCUUCCUCAACAAGAGCGGCCUGGGGAAGGUGAUGGGAGGAAGGAAGAAGAAAGAGCAGAGCUCAGCCGCUGGAGGAGGGGAGGAGAACGCAGCUGAAGGAGGCGAGAAAGAGGCGGAGAAAGGAGCUGAGGAGGCUGCAGCAGCUGAGGGAGGAGCAGAGGGAGGUGCGGAAGGAGAAGCGGCGAUAGAAAAGGCUCCAGAAAAUGGAGAGAAGGAGGAGGAGAAGAAAGCAGAGAAGGGCAAACCCGCCGAGUCCAAAUCCACAGUUCGAGAUCUGAUCAGGAAGCCGGUGGCGAGGAUCUUCUCCCAUCGCAGCACGGAGAAGAAGGACGGCGCCGCGGCAGAACCCCAGAAACAAGUAAAGGUUCGGUCCAAGUCCCUGGACCGGCUGGAAGAUCCAGAAGCACUUAACACCACCAUAGAGGAGGCAGGAGCAGCAGGAGGAGCAGAAGGAGGCGCAGAGGGAGAACAGAAAACCUCAUCCUCCUCAGCAGCAACCAAGCACAUGAAGCGCUGGCACUCCUUCAAGAAGCUCAUGGCUCAGAAGGCACACAAAAAGAGCGGAGGAGGAGGAGAGGAUGGCAAGGAGGAGGGAGUGGAUGGAGAGGGAGGUGGCGGAGACUCCUCCACGCUGGACUCCAAGGAGUCGGGACAGAAGAGGUGGAAGCUGAAACGCUCCUGGACCUUCCAGGGCCUGAAGAGGGACCCAUCCAUGGUCGGCAUCAGCGGGAAGGCCAAGGGCUCCGACAAAGACUCUGCUGAAAACGCGAAGCCAGAGGAGGCGGCCGCGGCGGGAGGAGCCGAGGAAGGAGAGGAGGCCAAGGCCGAGGGAGGAGCAGAGGAGGCCAAGACGGAGGGAGGGGAGGACAAGGAGAAAGCAGAGGGAGGAGAGGAGGAGAAGGCAGCGUCGGCGGGAGGUGGGACGGUGACGCAACACGCCAACGAGAUCUGGACAUCCUUCAAGAAGCGCGUCAUCCCAAAGUCCAAACGCGCCAACACAGAGUGCGCCCCCAGCGGGGAGGAGGAUGCAACUGCAGCUGCCACCUCAGGUGAGGAAGGAGCGGCAGAGGAGGGCAAAGACGGCAAGUCAGCCAAGGCCAAGCGCUCACAUUUCGGUCGUGCAGUUUCCCUGAAGAACUUCAUCAUGCGAAAGGGCAAAUCCACCAGUGUGGACCUGGGUGAGGGCGCCAAGGAGGAGGAGGAGGUCACGGAGGGAGGAGAAGCAGCAGAGGAAGGAGGCGCUGACGAUGAAGCUGCCACAGCGGCCGAGGAGACCAACGACAAAGAUGCGGCGGCGGGCGAGAAGACGGAGGCGGCGGAGAGUGGAGGAGAGUCGGCGGAGAAGACGCCGGCCGAGGCUCCGGUGACCAACGGGGAGAACGGCUGCUCCAACGGCACGGCGGAGGAGCACGCCACACACAAUCACCAGGAGGAGGAGAAGACGACGGGGGGCAGCCCCGUGAAGAAGACCAAGGAGGCAGGAGCGAAAGAGGAGGCCAACGCCAAGAUCAUCAACACCACAGCAGCUGUGAACAGCGACAAAAAGGCGGGAAACGUGUGAGGCCACACAAAGAGGAUUAGAACUGCCAUGGAUUCGCUGAGCAAGGAGCUCUGAGCCCCGCCUCCCCUAACUCCUCCUCCUUCCUCCCCCACCUCCUCCUCCUCCUCCUCCCUCCCUUCAUCCCUCCUCCUUCCUCCCGAAUAAACGGAGUAAUCACGUGUUAACAGAUCACCAUGGUGAGAAAGAGAGAGCGAGACUGAGAGAAUGAGAAAGAUGCAAUUCAUGUAGAUGAGAAGUGAAAAAUAAUAAUCACUCAGAAAGCAAUAAUUCAAGCCCUUCUUUUUGCCCCCCCUCCAUCCAUCCAUCCAUCCAUCCAUCCCCUCCGUCCGACACAUGCAUACAUACAAACAUGUACAUCUGGUGUUUUUAUUUUUUUCUUUGCUUGUCUGUGAGAUUUUAUAUUGUCUACGAGAGAAAAGAAAAACGCAGAAAUGUAAAAAAAAUGAAAAUCGAGACAUUCCACCCCCCCUUUAUUUCCCCGCCGCCCCGUUUUUCCUCCUCGUCGAGCUACUUAACUCUGCUCUCUGUCUCUACCGACUCCUGAUUGGUGGAUUUAAAGAACAAAAAAAAAAGAGAAAAAAAAGACUGUUAGUUUUAUAUUUACGGCCAUUUUGGUUUGUAGUCCCCCUCGACCCCCCUUCGCCCCCCUCCCCAUCCGUCCCAGUAGAUAUUUGACAGUACAGCAGGACCAUGUUGCUACAGUAUAUAAACUGCCCUGAGGACUGCCACUUCCCAACCAACACUGUAACGUCUUCAGCUCUGUGUGUUAAUGUUUUUAGACUGUUAUAUCGUGUACAUGAAUAAAAAAAGAAAAAAACACCAUCGGAUAUUAAAGUCAAAAUGUUUUUUUUUCUUUCCUGUUUGGUUUGGAUUCUCUUUUUUCUUUCUUGUUUCAUUUUCUAAAAACACAUCUCACUGUUACCGCAGUCUGACGAUAUGCUGUAAUUAAAAAAUAAUAAUAAUAAUGAUGAUGAUGAUGAUGUUUUGUUGGUCCGAGUUUUCACAUGUCCGCUAGCAAAUUGUCA